AUGGGUGUUGUUCUUCACUACAGUAUUUUCUUUACGCUGUACAUGCAUUCUCUAAGAAUUUGCUUCGGCUGUUUGGAUGGUAAGUUCUUCUCUUUCCACCUUGCUAUUUCAAUCAUAUUUGGCUCCCUAUUUUCAAAAUUGAGCGACAAAAUAGUGAGAAACACAUUUAUCUCUUGAAAGAAGAUAAAAAAUAAUAAUAAUAAUAAUUAGACGGACUUUAAAAAUUGGAAACAAGAGUAGCUGCAAAAUUUUCUGCUCUAAUAUACUGCCUAUAAAGAUGACUUUUUUACGGCUUAUGGUUAAUUUCUUUAGCUGUGUUGUCUAUCCAGUGCCUGAGUUUUGCCAUUUUGUUAAAUUAUAAUGUUGACAGCGCACUCAAUUUACAACAUGAAAACCUAUGUAAAAGUUAAAUAACAGGAGAUAAGUGCAAGAUAAUUCUUUUUAAGAAAUAUAAUAUUGAGUUUCCAUGUUGUCACUAUGGUUUUAAAACUUGGAUUAUAAACUCGUUCACAAGAAGAAAGUUGCCAGGAAACAAAGAAUUCUGUUAUUUGCGUGAUAAGGGGAAAAUAUUUUCACAAUAAACACGACAGAUUACCACUUUUCAAGACAGGUGGGAAUUCCAUCUUCCUUUUCCUUUUUUCAGCCUUUUGUUUGGCUUUUACAAAAACGUUUUCGUAUAUAUUUCCCUAAAAAAGGGGUUUUCUUUAUAGAGCUCGACUAAUUGACAGAAAAUUGGCCUAGAGAACUAACUUAAAUUCCAUCUCCUUUUUCUCAUUAUUUGAUAUACUAUGCUGUUUUAAGCCUGGCAAGUUUAAUUAACAUACAUGGUAGUUUCAUGAUUAAAUGUCAGAUAAAACGUAGUUGUAAGAGUAAGGGAGUACAACCGAAAAUAUAAGUUAUUACGUUCCAUGAACCUCAAUCUUGUUUAUACAGGACAUUUGCUUUUAAUCGAAGCUCUUUUUGCCGCCAGAAAAGUCAGAAUUUGCCACCUUAUGGGCUCCUGGAAUUGCUAAAUGCAAUUUUUUUUCUUUUUUUCAAUUCAGGUAAUUGCCGCGUACUGGCGUUUCCGAGUUAUUUCCUAAUUGCUGACAAAUGUUUGGAGGGCCACACGAUCUUAAUUGUCCAACAUGUCCCGGAUAUGGGUCUUUGUGAACUGCUUUGUUACAACGAACAAAACUGCGUCAGUGUUAAUUAUGAGAUACAAAGACAAAAACGAUGUGAACUGAACAAUUCAACACACCGAGCGCACGAUGCAGACUUUAAAGAGAGGGAAGGCUGCUUAUAUCAUGGAGCAAUUGUAAGUUUUUUGUCUUCUUUUUUCUUCUCUUUUUUUCCUUUGUGAUCUGCUUUCAUCAUCUUCAAGGCGAUCAUUAUCUCAUCAUAGUCAUCAGCAUCACAAGAGACGUCAUCUUCGUCAUUAGGAGUGAACGUCUCUUAAAAAAGUUAACUCAAGCUGUUUCAAAAUUCAUCACUCUUUUUGCAUGUCGCGAUUUGUGGUGAAUGUUGGUAAAUUUUUCGGGUGCUAAAUUCUAAAGGACUGUAUCUAAGUUAAAAAAGAGAAAAAAAGAUAGAAAUCGUUGUCGAGAAACGUGAAAUCAGUCAGGUCAUGAAACGACACCAACGAAAGAUAACAUUAAGCUUAAUCCACGUGCAAAGUUGUCGUUGUUUAAGCUCCCUAUCAUAUCACCAUCAUCGUCAUCUUCAUCUUGUAGUUUAUAGUUGACGCUCGAUCAUGAAAGCUUGGCGUAACGUCUGUUACAAAUCAGACCUGAUUUUUGUUCUUUAAAGAGUGCUUGUGAUAAUCCCCGUUGCCAUAACAACGGUACCUGUCAGUCCGGAUUCACAGAGAAAAAAUAUCGGUGUUUAUGUCCUUCUGGUUUCACUGGUGAACACUGUGAGAAU